UUUUCAAAUGUUUUCGCUGACUUGGAGCAGUCCAAUUCCCCACUUCGUCGUCCGCCUCAUCAAACUGAAUUGGACUAUCCACGAUGGACAACGUGGUGUACUUCGUAGGUGUGGACGUGGGUACGGGCAGUGUUAGGGCCGCUUUGGUAACGGAAUUCGGGAAAAUCGUCAGUUCGGCCGUUGAAAGUACCAAAACGUGGAAUGUGCAACCGGAUUUCUACGAGCAAUCGACGGAGGAUAUUUGGAAUGCUGUCGUGCGCAGCAUAAAGGCUGUGAUAACAGGCGUAAAACCGGAAAAAAUCAAAGGAGUAGGCUUCGACGCCACUUGUUCCUUAGCUUGCUUUGAUACAGAAGGAAAACCACUGAGCGUCAGCCCAUCAGGGGACAAUAACCAAAACGUCAUUCUCUGGUUGGACCACAGGGCAGUGAAAGAAGCCGAAGAAAUCAACAGAUUAAACCAUCCAGUCUUGAAAUAUGUGGGUGGGAAAAUAUCGCCGGAAAUGGAAACUCCAAAACUACUUUGGCUUAAGAGGAACCUGAAGAAGCAGUGUUGGGACAAAGCAGGUUUAUUCUUUGAUCUUCCAGACUUCUUGACUUGGAAGGCCACAAACUGUGACAGCAGGUCAUCAUGCUCCUUGGUUUGCAAAUGGACCUACGAGAUGUCCGUGGAAGGCACAGAAAAAUGGAACGAGAGUUACUUCAAACAAGUAGGUUUGGAAGAUCUAGCAGAAAACAAUUGGAGGAAAAUCGGUACAGUUGUCCUCCCACCAGGCUCUCCAGUAGGUAAAGGCUUGUCGCCAAUUAUCGCUCAAGAGACAGGCCUUUUAGCUGGCACUCCAGUUGGCACGUCAAUGAUCGACGCUCACGCAGGAGGUCUGGGGUUGAUUGGGUGCAGAGUCAACAACGUUGAUCCUGCGUUUCAUACAAGACUGAGUUUGAUUUGCGGCACUUCCACUUGCCACAUGGCGGUGUCAAAGGAAGCCAUCUUUACUCCAGGCAUUUGGGGGCCUUACAAGAAUGCGAUGGUGCCAGGAAUGUGGUUGAACGAAGGGGGGCAAAGCGCAACCGGGAAACUGAUAGAUCACAUCAUCGAAUCGCAUCCUGCCACUCCAGAAAUCAGAAAGAAGUUAGGAGAUUUACACAUACAGCAGUACCUGAGCAAUUUAUUGCACAAUCUAGCCAAAAAGGAGAACUUAGAGUCUGUCGCCUUCCUCACCAAAGAUCUACACGUGUGGCCUGACUUUCAUGGCAACAGAUCACCAAUAGCUGACCCAUCGUUGAAAGGAAUGAUCUCUGGAUUGACUUUGGCCCAGGAUGAAGAAAAUUUAGCUCUAAUCUAUCUGGCGGCAAUACAAGCAUUGUCGUAUGGCACGCGUCACAUUCUAGAAUCCCUAAGAGAAUCUAACUAUACGGAAAUCAAAUCUACCCUCAUCUGUGGAGGUUUGAGCAAGAAUCCCAUCUUCACGGAAGCACAAGCGGACGUCUGUAACCUUCCGGUGGUAUGUCCCGAUGAAGUAGAAUCCGUACUUCUGGGCGCUGCUAUUUUAGGUGCCUGUGCAGCAGGUCACUUCAAGGAUAUGACCACGGCUAUUCAAUCUAUGGGAGGCGCAGGUAAGGUGGUCGAGCCGAACAAAGCUGUUGUGGAUUUCCACAAUAAGAAGUACCAAGUGUUCCUGAAGAUGUACCGGAAUCAGUUGGAGUACAGAUCCAUCAUGGGCACUCAAAUUAGUAAAAAAAAUUGUCCUUUUUGCAAUACACGAAAGAAUAAUUAACUGUCCUAGUUUCGCUAAUAAAUAAACAAUAGAGCCGAC